CCGGAGAGCAGAGCUCCGGGACCCAGGUGACCGGGAGAGCAGGCAGCCCCAGCGGCGGGAGCAGCCAGCAGCAGCCCAGGCCCGGGGACCGGGGUGGGGGUGGGAGGGGGGCUGAGGGGAGGACCUGAAGGGGGGCGGCAGGGCCAAAGGGACCCCCGGAGCCCUGCCGCCAUCAGAGACCAAGCAUCUGGCAUCAGGGAUCUUCGGACCCAGCAGAAGGACCAGCCACAGGGGAGGUGUCCUCCAGGAAAGCCAAGGAGAACUCCACCUGCCCCACAUCAGGCGUGCCCCCCUCCCAGCGCCGUUGGCCACCAUACCAGGACCCUCAGCCCUCAGCCCCCUUUCCCGUCACCCUCCUCAGGCCCCCCCUGCCCUCCACCUCCACAUCUCAGCCCCCGGUUCCCAGUGCCUCUGCUACUACCCCGACCCUCCAGGUCUUGGCCACACUGCCCCCCAUCCUGGGAUCUCUGCCAGCUCUCCGGGAGGGAGAUCAUUUGUUCGGGCUAUGCCCCCUGGUGGCAUGACAGUGUCUGCCUAGACCCCUGACCCCUAGCCUUCAACUCCCUGGGCCUCCUUUGUGUGAAGAGCUGCCCCUCUGCUAGCACUGUGGUUGGGGCCACAGGGAAAGCCAGCCCCGGCUGGGCCCCAGCCCCGGCCACUUGCCUCCUUGCUGGGCAGCUCCCCCUGGCCUUCGGGCUCUCCCUGCUCCCCUCGGCCCCUUCUCCUGGGCCGCCCCGAUGAAGGAACCGGAUGCCAUCAAGCUGUUUGUGGGGCAGAUCCCGAGGCACCUGGAGGAAAAGGACCUGAAACCCAUCUUCGAACAGUUCGGUCGGAUCUUCGAGCUGACUGUCAUCAAGGACAAGUACACCGGGCUGCACAAGGGAUGUGCCUUCCUGACAUACUGUGCCCGCGAUUCAGCCCUGAAGGCCCAGAGCGCCCUGCACGAACAGAAGACGCUUCCAGGGAUGAACAGGCCAAUCCAGGUCAAGCCAGCCGACAGCGAGAGCCGAGGAGAAGACCGGAAGCUCUUUGUGGGGAUGCUAGGGAAGCAGCAGACAGAUGAGGACGUCCGGAAGAUGUUCGAGCCUUUCGGGACCAUAGACGAGUGCACUGUGCUCCGGGGCCCAGACGGCACCAGCAAAGGCUGCGCCUUCGUGAAGUUCCAGACCCAUGCGGAGGCCCAGGCAGCCAUCAACACCCUUCACAGCAGCCGGACCCUGCCGGGUGCCUCGUCCAGCCUGGUGGUGAAGUUUGCCGACACGGAGAAGGAGCGCGGUCUCCGCCGAAUGCAGCAGGUGGCCACCCAGCUGGGCAUGUUCAGCCCCAUCGCUCUCCAGUUCGGCGCCUACAGCGCCUACACCCAGGCUCUGAUGCAGCAGCAGGCGGCCCUGGUAGCGGCUCAUAGUGCCUACCUCAGCCCCAUGGCCACCAUGGCUGCCGUGCAGAUGCAGCACAUGGCCGCCAUCAAUGCCAACGGCCUCAUUGCCACCCCCAUCACCCCUUCCUCAGGAACCAGCACGCCUCCUGCCAUCGCUGCCACACCCGUCUCUGCCAUCCCUGCUGCCCUGGGCGUCAACGGCUACAGCCCAGUGCCCACCCAGCCCACCGGGCAGCCUGCCCCUGACGCUCUAUAUCCCAACGGGGUUCACCCCUACCCAGCCCAGAGCCCCGCGGCCCCCGUGGACCCCCUGCAGCAGGCCUACGCAGGGAUGCAGCACUAUACAGCAGCUUACCCAGCAGCCUACAGCCUGGUGGCACCUGCGUUCCCACAGCCUCCGGCUCUGGUGGCCCAGCAGCCCCCGCCGCCCCCCCAGCAGCAGCAGCAGCAGCAGCAGCAGCAGCAACGGGAAGGCCCUGAUGGCUGCAACAUCUUCAUCUACCACCUGCCCCAGGAGUUCACAGACUCAGAGAUCCUCCAGAUGUUUGUCCCCUUUGGCCACGUCAUCUCAGCCAAAGUCUUUGUUGACAGAGCCACCAAUCAGAGCAAGUGUUUUGGCUUUGUGAGUUUCGACAAUCCGGCCAGCGCCCAGGCUGCCAUCCAGGCCAUGAACGGUUUCCAGAUUGGCAUGAAGCGCCUCAAAGUCCAGUUAAAGCGGCCUAAGGAUGCCAAUCGGCCCUACUGAGGGCACCCAGGUCUGGAGACACCAGAGGAAGGGGCGCCUCACCCCUCUCCCCACGGCUGGCCCCGGCCCUCUCUGCACAUCCGCCCUGGGCCUUGUCUGGGCUCUGGGGCAAACGCUGCUUCGUGGCCCUGGGGGCACAGGACACCGGCCCGCUCCCAUCACCCCGCCUCCCCCAAAGGGCCUUUUCCUGCCAGGUGCCCUUUUGGCCUUUUGUGAGGGAGCAUGGACCAGGCUCGAAGGCUCUGGGGUAUCUGCCUUCUGCUGAGGCUCCUGUGACGGGCCUCCUGUGCCCAGCUUUCGCACCUGCCUCCCCCACCCGUGGGCCUCAUCUACCUGUGUGGCCCGGGAGGGCAGCAGGGGCCGCUGACACGCUCCCCACCCACCUCACCCCAGCCUCUUCCCCACGUUAGGGGUUUCUCAGAAGCUGGUUCUCACACUCCUUGCCACCCUCAGCUCGAGGUAGGACAACCCUUAACCCUGGGCUCCCAGCCCUAAAACACUGCCUCCCCUGAGGGCCCCCUCUAAGGAGGGUGUGGGGGAGCCCUGAGGGCUGCCUCUUCGCCAGUCAGCCACAGAGACCCUCCUCCUUUCAUGAGGAAAAGACCUCCCCCAAACCCCUAAAAAUGUUUACAGUCUCUGCUGGUCCCCUCCGUGUAAAUACCACUACCACCCGUGCGUUAUCCAGCCCGGCCCAGCCCGGACGCUGCCAUCUCUCUUUCUGGGAGUUUAGACAAUAUUUCCCUUGGAUUUUUUCUCUCUCUUGAUUUCUCCCUUUGCUUUGAGGGGUA